AUGAGCCUCCUCCAACCGGAGUCCAGCAACGUCAGGCUUUUGGUGACGUCUCGGCUGCUGGAUGAAUUCGACGAGGUUUCGAGCGACUCUGAGCAGAUUCAGAUCACGGCAAACUCGACCGAUCUCGAUCUCUUCAUCGACCACGAGUUCAAAUCAUAUCCGCGGCUGAAGAAGUUCCUGAAGAUGGACCCCACGCUCCAGGAAGAAGUCGUAAUUUGCCUAGGUUCUUGGUCGCCUUUCUCCAGAUGCAGUCUAUCGAGGCUGAGCGGACCUAGGGGGGGGAUCCGUGGCAGCCUAUGUAGCCUCCCGCGCAAGAUCGACGACCUGUACGAGCACACCAUGGCACGCAUCUUCGGCAUGGAAGAGGCCGACAGGAAGCUUGCCGUCGACACUCUGUCGUGGAUCGCGUGCGCCAGCCGCCCGCUGGCCACCAAGGAGCUCCAGCACGCCCUCUCCGUCGUCCCCGGCAACUUUGAGCUGGACUUGGACAUGAUAUACCCCGAAGAUGACAUACGGGAUGUUUGCGGCGUGCACUACACCACCCAGGGCUACUUCAGGGACCGCUUCUCCGGCUUCCACGCUACCAUCGUGCAGACCUGCACCAGCUACCUAUCCCUGAAGGUCUUGGAGCAACCCGAUGACCGGGACGGCCAGAUCUCGUUCGCCGACGACGACACAGACGAGUCACGGAACCCGCAGGAGCUCCAGAGGUGCUUCGAGGCCCAUGGCGCCUCGGCCGACAACCGCCUCUCAUACUCGAACAAAAUGAACAAGUUUCCAUUCGCCGAGUACGCAGCGAAGAACAUCGCCUAUCACCUGCGGAAGCUGAGCAAUGCUCCGACAGCGCCGAGGAUCGCGCAGUCGCUGGUCGAGUUCCUGCAGAGCGGCUCCAAAAGGAGCUUCCUUCUCCGAGUUCUUGAUUCCGACGCCAGCGAUGGGUUUGACGAGGUGGAAGAAGAGGAAGAGCCUGGGCCGAAUAAUCUCUGGCACGAUAUGAUGGAAGACUCGCAAUUCGACUGGUCAUCUGAUGAGGAGUCUAGCAACGACAGUCAUUUUGCUUCACAGUCGACCGGAUAUAUGCCGAGACUGGCGCCAGACCGUGAGGCCAAUGCCAUCCACCUGGCAGCCUUCCUCGGCUGGCCGCCAGCCGUGUUGUGGAUACUUGAGACAGCCGACGCGCCCUUCGACAUCAACAUCCUCGAUCCGGUUUCCAGGAUGCCGCUGUCGAUAGCGGUUGCCGAAGAGAACUGGGACGUGGUGGACGUCAUCCUCAGCCACGGCGGAUCCAUCAAUUUCCUCGACAAGGCAGGCCAUAACAUACUGCGGCACGCAGCCAAGAGCAACAAAGUCGACAUCAUCAAGCGCUUGAUCACCACAAAUCUCACCCUUGCUCCUGAUCCUGCUCCUGCUCUUGCUCCUUACCCUCAAGCCCGCUUUCUCAAAGAUGCGUCGCCGAAGGAUGUCGUGAUGGACGCGCACUCGCUUGAAAUGCUCAAAUCUAGCCCUUUCUGGCUGCCCCUUCUUGCCAUUGUUCACUACAUAAUAUCUCUACUUAUGCUGCUCUCCGGUGGCAAGCUCUGGCAGCCAGAGAAGCCAGCGGAGGGCCCAGCGGAGAAACCGGGCGCCAUUCCUGAGAACUGUAAGGAACAGGCCGUGUUAGAGGGGCAGGCCGCAUCAGAGGCGCAGGCGUCUACCCCGGCGAUACAGCCUAGUACUUACCUUCAGCUGAUGCUUGCCGCAGGCCUAGGCGAUAUCGGCGCAAUCUAA